AUCCCCGGAACGAAAAGCUUGCCCCCUAUAAAAUCCUCUCCUCCCCUCUCCUCAAUCCCACAGCAGCAACCAGAUCCCCCAAGAGUCCAAGACCAAAACAAGCCCCAGCAAACACGCCCCAGCAAUCUCCGUCGAGCCGAGAUGGGUUCCCAGGCGAUCGAGAAGAACAGGGAGGGCGCGGAGGUGUUCCACGGCGCGGCGCUGUGCGCGGAGAAGGCGGUGGAGCUGCUGGCGGAGACCAACAUGCCGCUGGGCCUCCUCCCGCUGGCCGACAUUGAGGAGGUGGGCUACAACCGCGCCACCGGCUUCGUGUGGCUGCGCCAGAAGAAGGCCCUCACGCACACCUUCAAGCAGAUCGGCCGCCAGGUCUCGUACGCCGCCGAGGUCACCGCCGUCGUCGAGGACAGGAAGAUGAAGCGCAUGACCGGGGUCAAGAGCAAGGAGAUCCUCAUCUGGGUCACGCUUUGCGACAUGUACAUCGACAAGGACGACCCAUCCAAGAUCACCUUCAAGACCCCCACGGGACUCGGCAGGACCUUCCCCGUCUCCGCCUUCCGGAAAGACGACGACGGUAAGGCCAAGGCGCCUGCAGCCGCCACGGCCGCAGCGGCUGACGGCGAAGCCGCCGUGGCCAAGUAAAAAGAGACGCGGCCACCAUACCUCAUACCAUACCAAGUUGAAGAAUUCUCAAGCCAAUCAUUAUACUGUACUUUGCUUAAAUCUUCACGCAGAUUUGCGGAUACACAUGUUGCCGUACACGAUCGAAAAGAAAGGAAUACAUAGCCACCGUUUCAAUUUCCUACA